GGAUAGCUCAAGGUUCGUUCAGCUCAAUGCUGUGAUGUACUGCGAACGACGGAUACAUUCUAAUUCUACGAUAUUAAAUCACUGUACACGUUACUUCCCUACUUGCGCGACGUAUGGAGGUGUAACCUUCUUACGUUGCAAGACGUAGUCGAUUGUUCUCUUGGCAGCUAGAGACGGAGUGGGCGCCGUUCAUGAUCACCGGCUCCACGCCUGUCUCUGCUCUGCCCGUUCAUGUUGGGACGGUUCCUCAUGCCGAUCGGAUUCCCAUUUCAUGUCUGGGUCAGGGUUGUCGACGUGAACCGGUUGUGCAAACGAAGCCAGAGAACGUGGGAGCAAACGGCUGCCCGACUGAACCUGUCCAGUAAAGUGGAUCCCGAGGGACACAGAUGCAUCCGACUGGUGAGCGGCGUUGA